AUGUCUUUUCGCAUCGAAGAGGUUCAGCGUGCUUUAGAGUGUAUUUCAUCUUCUGCCACUCAAGAGAAUAAAAACCAGGCUUUACAAUACCUUGAACAGUUUCAGAAAUCACCUGAAGCGUGGACAAUAUGUAACCACAUUUUGACUGCCGAUGUUGAUCAGUCGAUGAUACAACUUCAAGUUUUUGCAUCACAAACACUCAGGAAUAAAGUAACGUAUGAUCUGUCCCAAUUGCAUGGAAACUUAGCCGAGUUUAAGCAAACGUUACUAAAGUUGAUCUCUUUGCAUUCACAGAAGUUAAUAGUAACGCAAUUGUCGGUCACUCUUGCUAGGCUAGCCAUUCAAUACGUGGAGUGGAGAAAUCCAAUAGGUGAGAUCAUCACAGUACUUAAUUCUCAGCCUGGAAAAUUACUAGAAUUUCUGAAGAUUCUACCUGAGGAGACUUUGGACAUCAAGUCUACUCCAUUGACUGAGGAUGAAUUCAAGUCUAGGGUGCAUGAAUUGAUAGAUCAAAUUGCAAAAGAUGUGCUGAAUUUUUUGAUAUCCAGCAUCGGAAUUUUGAAAUCGAAUUCUAACGAGAUCACUGUAACACAAGUAUUGAAUUGCCUCAAUACAUGGUCGUAUGAGUUUCCCAUUGAAGAGCUGCUAACAGUGAAUCCACUUGUUUCUUUGAUAUUUCAAGUAUUGAAUGAGGCUCAAGAAGAAGAUUCCGAUGCUUUUGAUGCAGCGGUCGAGUGCUUAUGUGUCAUAUUGAAAGAAACACGCGAUGUCGAGAAUGAGAAUUUAAUAAGUGCACUUUACCAUGAACUUUUAACACUACAAGCUAAGCUUUUGCCUCUGGAUCAAAUUUCUGACUUUGACGAAUACUACGAUAUUAUGGAUGGGCUAACAAGACUUUUUGUGGAAGCAGGUGAAGCAUGGUGUGUUUUUAUUGCCAAGUCACCACAAGUCUUCAAGCCAUUGGUAACUGUCUUACUUUUAUUGACUUGCCGGAAUUCAGACUUGGAUAUCGUCAAGUACACAUUUCCUUUCUGGUUUAAUCUAAAGCAGAUGUUAGUUCUCCCUCGCUUCAAAGAACAACGACUUGCAUAUCAGGAUAUAUUUGUGGAUCUAAUUAAUGGCGUCAUCGCUCAUUUGAAAUAUCCUGCGAACAACUUUUCAAACAAGGAAGAGGAAGAUAAAUUUAAGGAGUUUAGGUACGACAUGGGUGGGGUACUUAAAGAUUGCACUGCGGUGGUUGGAUCAAGCAAAGCUUUGAACGAGCCCUUCACACAAAUAACCAAAGCGAUGACGAUUCCGAACCCCAUGGAGCAGUGGCAAAAUCUAGAAGCACCAUUAUUUUCACUGAGGACAAUGGCACAAGAAGUUUCCACCAGUGAAAAUGUCGUGUUGCCACAGCUUUUUCAAAUGCUUUGUAACAUGCCAGAGCAUCCAAAGAUUAGAUACGCCACUACUUUAGUUUUUGGAAGAUACACUGAAUGGGCUGCAAAACAUCCCCAGUUCUUGGAGAUGGAACUUAACUACAUAUUCAAUGGAUUCCAAUUUGCCAAUGGAGAUUUAUCCAUUUUAACUGCAUCGUCGCACGCGUUAAUGUACUUUUGCCAAGAUUGUAGUGCAUUACUGAGCGAUUACGUUGACCAACUGGUCAACUUUUACUGGAAAAUAGAACCAAUGGUUGACACGGAAUCGUUGUUCGAAGUUUGUCAGGGGUUGAGUGCGGUGAUCAACCAACAACCCAUUGAAAGGAUCGGUCCUUCUUUGGAGCUUUUCAUCAAACCGCAGCUAUCAAAUCUAGUGGAAAGUGUCGCCAUGUGGAAAUCUAGUCCCUCUUCCAAAGAUUUUAUCAGACAAGUUUGUGAUAAAAUUGAUAUGAUAUUUGCAGUCUUUGAAGAGUUGAAGCCACGUUAUGAGUUUCCUAAUCAAGGAGAGGAACCCCUGGAGCCUUACAUUUCGACAAUAUGGGACACUAUGCAUAAAAUUCUUGUAGAUGAGGGAGCUUCAAGUUGCGAACCAAUAGUGGAGAUAGCUAUGAAGUGGCUACGCAAAGUUUUUUUCAACUUUCAUAUUUUUGCCAAGCCUAUUCUACCUUCAGUCGCCAAUUAUUUAGUUCAAGGUUAUUCCACAACGGGGUUCGGAGUCUAUCUAUGGUGCUCUGGUGCCAUUAUUUCUGUUUUUGGGGAUGAUGAAUCCUACAGUAUUGAAAGUGAAGUUAAAGAUGCUGUUUGGCAGUUCACAUGUUCACAGUGUGUGACUUUCAUGCGAAACUUCGAAAAAGUAGAUCACUCAAAGCUUGACGAAAUUUACGACUCUAUUCAAGAUUUUUUCAUCAUGAUUACAGAUGUUAUCAUGUUCUACCCGGAUAGAUUUAUUGUAUCGGAAUUGCUUGAACCUGUGUUCGAUGUUGGUUUGAGGUGCGUAUGCCAGGUGAAGAAUUAUGAUUGCUACAUAACAAUCGUUCGCGCGCUAGAUGAUAUUUUAUCAUGGGGAUUCGAAACUCCACCUAUUUCGACAGUUGCAAUUGAUGAUGUUCCUAUUGAAUGGAGACAAUGUGUCAUAACAAAAGUAGUACAAGGAAAAGGAUCUGAACUAGUAGUCAGUUUACUCAUGGGAUUAGUAUCCAAUUUUAGUUCAGAUGCACAUCCAGAUGUGAUAGGAUGUAUUGUUAAAUGUUUGAAUUUGGCUACACAAGCUACGGGUGACGCCACUGUUUGCAUGGAGUGGCUUUCCCAUGGUAUGGACACGUUAGGAAAAGUGACUGACCAAGAAAGGGCAAAACUGAUGACUACAGUAGGUAAUGCGUUACCUCAAAGAGACCUGAGAAGAGUGAGGAAUGGUAUCAAGGAUUUCGUCAGUUGGUAUCUGAGAAAGAACGUAUCCCCAAGAUUAUAUAAAUCUGCCCCAUAG